AUGGCUGAUGCCCAAGAAACAAAACUGAAAUAUCGUCGAGGAACAUGUUUAAGCUAUCGAAAAUGCUUAUACUGUGGAAUUGACUUACAAUAUCAAAAGUGUAAUUGCAACUUAUUGGAUAUACCAUAUAAAGAUAAUCAAACUACUGCUACAAAAAAGCAUAAAGCAAUAUCAAGUUCCGUGAAGCCUAUAGCAAUAUCAGGUUCCAUAAUUACAACUACUAAUAGUUUUUCAGAGAUUGAAUCGUAUGAUCUUACUGUUCUAGAUAGUAAUACUAUUGAAUUUGAAGAAAAAGUUGAGUAG